UGGUUUACGCUGUCUGUUUGGAAUAAUAAAAAAGCAAGCAGCAUCCGUUCUGGAUAUCAAUGGGUUGUUGGUUUACUUAAAUAUUUAUAUUACGUUAAAAUUUAAUAAUAAACUUCAAGAUAAGAUCGUAAAAAACAUGUCAAUUUUUUUAUGAUUAAUCUAUCAUUAUAAAUUAUUUUUGUAAAUUUUAAAUUAAAGAUGAGUAUAUAAAUUCGACCGUUGUCUUUUCUUUACAAUCAGUAAGCCAUUUCAAUCCAACAAAAAUGAAAGUAUUCGUUUUCGUACUCGUUGCGAGUUUCUUCGUUGCAGCUUUAGCUGACGACUUUAUUGAACUUCCAAAUACUGAUGGUGAAGAAUUGGUUGUUCCAGAACCAGUUGAAUGCCCUGCCGGUGAAGUAGCCACUGAUUGUUAUGCCCAUUGUCAAGGAACUUGUGAAAAUCCCUACGUAGCUUGCCUCCCUAUUUGUACCGCUGGAUGUAUUUGUGCAGAAGGUGAACUUAGAAAUGGAGAUGAUGGACCAUGCGUUGCAGUCAGUGAAUGUUAGAAAAUUUGGAAAAAAAUAAUAUACCGCAGCGAUUUUGAAUUCAACUUACCAAAGAAACUUAUCUAAAAAUGUGUGUCCUUUGAAACUUAAUAAAAAACUUAUCUUUAUCUAUUA